ACUACUGAGUACUGACUAGUGAUUACCUAGUAACUACUAAGUACUAACUAAUGAUUAAUAAAACAGCUUUUUUGGAUCAUACAUACCUGAAUUUUUUUUUACGAAUUGAUAAUCCAAUUUUCAUUGAGCCAAAAAAUAUCUUACUAUGUGUUUAACAGUUCGAUAAAUUGUUUCUGUCAAUCGUGUUAGUGUCAUUUUAUUAUAAGUAAAUUUUAAGAAAUCGCGAAGGGUAAUAUAUUACUAACACUAUUCGUAGCAGGAAAUUCUAGUAUUUUUUGCAAACGUAGGUAUUAUAAAUUAUAAUUUAGUAUUGUACUAUAAUAUGUCUACCAAUGCUGAUUAAGAUGUGAUUUAUCUUGUUUAUAAAGUACUAUAAUAUGUUUGAUUCUAAAGAAUUCGACAAAGAUUUCGAUAAUUUUUAUGAGGACCAUAAACACUUUUCAAAAAUGAAUAUGUCAACAAUAGCAUAUGGGAUAGUGGGUAUUGUCAUCUUGCUUAUGAUCCUGGCUUGUUGUUGCCGUCGUCGUAGGAACAGAGGUGAAGUGCUCAGUGUUGAAACCAGCACUGUGCGAGUGCCCGUGCCCCCUGCGCCAUAUCCGCAGCAGCAAUACGCGUCGCCUCAUCAGUACCCUGUUACGUCUCAGUACCCACUACAAAAUGCCAGUAUGCCGUAUCCCACGGCGACGCCUUAUCCCGCCGGACCUUAUCCCGGGGCGGCCCCUUACCCGUCAGGGGGAGCGCCCUAUCAAGCUCCGGGAGCCCCCUACCCGACGGCCGGGGCGCCUUACCCCACGGGCGGAGCGCCUUAUCCGACGGGGGCUGCGCCCUUCUCGACUGGCUCUUCUCCAUUUCCGUCUGCGCAGCCUAGUGCCCCUGAAGCCAGUGCGCUUCCGCCCUCCUACGACCAAGCCGUGGGCAAACAGGCCAACAUUUACGGGGCGCAGUAACUUCUGUCCAGCGAACGAUUCGUUAUUCGUGAAAUAUUGAAAACGUUUAGGUGCCGAGACCCCGGGCUCUUGUCGCUCUUAUGUCUAUUAUUUAUAUGAUUUUAUCUUAAGCUCCUGUAGUAUAUAGAAUUAAACAUUCAUCGAGAGAUUUUGUAUCCCUUUGUAUUUAAAAAAAAUAUAUUGAAUCUUUAGUCAAGUAAUACGAACCAUUAUUUAGUUACGGCAAUAGCGAGCGAUUGUCAGCUCUGCAAACAGUCAAAAAUCGUAAACAAUUAUUACUCUGAGAGUUUUUAUUUGACUAUAGAUUCUUUCAUUAUUAUAAUUGUAAUGCAAUCACUUCUCUAAUAAUUUAAUAGACCAGUAUUGGUAUAAUGUUAUAAAAUACAGUUUUCGUAAGCGAAUUCUUUACGUGAAGAGGAACAUAAUUGUUCUUAACGUUGUAAUAGAUAAUAUAAUAAUAGAUAGGGAAGGAUUAUUCCAUUGUGUUAUAUGUAUUGUACGAAAUAUGUUUCCCAGGGUUUUUGACUGAUGAAUUUACCGCAUUUUCGUACUGCCUUAGAUUAGCACAUACUCGUACAAUAGCGAAAAGUUUAGGUAAUUCGCUGUCGAGCUCAAUAUUCAGAGUUCCUCGAGUCCUAACUAGUGCUCAUUUUGGAUAAUUAAAAACAAUUAUUAAAUGUUUAUAUUUCACAUUUGUUGUUAAGAGGGCCAAAUUGCCAGGUUUGGGAAGUAUUCGAUGCGUUUUUAAAAGAUUUAAAAUAUAUAUUAAGACAAUGUUUUUAAGUAUGAUUUUUAUUUAAUUGCAUUUUGAGAUUAAUUCGAGCAAUGUAUUUUAGUGUAUAUAUAUAUGUUUAAGGUGAAUUUGCUUAAAGUUGUGUAUUCGUACUUAUCUUUCUUUCGCUAAGAUUACACUUUAAUUUACGCUUUUCUAAAUGUAAUGGAGAUCCGAAUUAUUUUUCAUAAAUAGUCAGACAGUGUCUACAAAUGUUAAAUAAUGAAUUAAGUCGUCUAUUAUUUCUGUGAUAAACAAUCUAAAUGCUUUAUUUGUACAAAUAUAACAUUAUGGUUACCUGAUGUACACAAAUAUGUAUUGUAAUGCUCGUAAUUUACUUUUGCAUUGUACCUAAGUCUGUCCAUUGGGAAUUAGCAUCUUCCACGUUCCAAGCUAUUUAGAUUUUAAUAAAAUGUUCCAUUUU